CUAGGAAUUGAAAAUGGAAGAAAGUUGUUUAAUCAUGUCCGGCCAGCCACAUAUAUCCAAUAUAAGCUGCUACAAGCUUAUAAGCUUAUAAGCUAGCUACUUGACAUGACACAAUUAUUAAUGUUAAUUUAAUUAGUUUUUGGUAUCAUGCAUGGUCACAUAGUACGGUACGUUCCUCAAGUAGUUGUACACUUAAUAAUAACAACACGUACUACUGUAUGUAAUAAUAAGUCAGAGCCAAAUAGCUUUGGCAUCCUUGAGCAUUUGCUUGAGAUCGCCGGAAAUUUGAAGGUUUAUGACCUCGGUUGCGGUGCCGACGAGCUUGCCGCCGAUGAAGACGGCGGGCACGGUGGGGCUACAGCCCAUGUUCUUCAAAGCCCACUCCAGUUCCUGCCCGAACUCGUGGAGGUCCAGCUCGUGCUCGUGCACGUUCACCCCCAUGUCCACGAACAGCACCUUGAUGCUGUGGCACAUGCAGCACGUGGUCUUCGUGAAUAUCACCACCGCCUUCUUUGCCGCUAUCUCCUUCACCAUGUUCCCGAAUAUAUCCGCCGGGUGGCUCGACGACGUCGACGCCGACUGCGGCGGAUGGGGAGGCAGCCCCGCGUUCCUGACCGGCUGCUGGGUGCUCGUGUUUCUCGUGGACGGCUGCCUGGAAAGGGUUCGAUAAUCCAUGGCGGCCGGUUGAUGAAUGAAUUGAACGAACGAGUACGUGUAAAUAUAUAUGGUUGCGGCGGCGGCGGAGGUUAGGACCGGAGUUGUGUUAUGAUUAAUUAGC